AUGGAAGGAAAGGCUCGCAGAGACCCGCAGCGCCCACAGGACUCCGGCCAGGAGUCCAACCGGGCCAUCCUGCCCCUCCUGCAGCCACCUGUCCACCAGCAGGCCCACAGGGUCACCAACUUCUAUAUAGACAACAUCUUAAGACCGGACUUCGGACGAAAGAGGAAGGACGGGACUCUGGUCCGGGAGGGGGGCAGUCUUGCAGUGAUCCUCCGCAGAGAGGAGCAGACAGGGAGGAAGUCUAGAACUGGAAAUGCGCCGCAGCGCGGAGCGGGAGGCGAGGAGGAGCAGGACGAGACGGGAGAAUCCGACCAGCAGGACCCGGACACUGUGGCCGAAAGGCCGGAGCUGAGAGCCGGGGAGGAGGCGAUAGAGGGCCGGGGGGAGGCCAGCUCGGCCCCCGCCUCCAAGCCGAUGCUGUGGCCGGCUUGGGUUUAUUGUACCCGCUACUCAGACCGCCCGUCAGCAGGGCCCAGAUCCCGCAAACCAAAGAAGGCCCUGACCCCCAGCCCGGAGGACAAGCGGCCCCGCACGGCCUUCACGGCGGAGCAGCUGCAGCGGCUGAAGACGGAGUUCCAGGGGAACCGGUACCUGACGGAGCAGCGGCGGCAGGCCCUGGCCGAGGAGCUGGGCCUCAACGAGUCCCAGAUCAAGAUCUGGUUCCAGAACAAACGAGCCAAAAUCAAGAAAGCCACCGGGAAUACAAACGCUCUGGCGCUGCACCUCAUGGCGCAGGGACUGUACAACCACGCCGGGGCCAAGGAGGACAAGUCGGACAGCGACUAGAAGAGACCCGAGGACGGGGGUCCGGACCAUGCAAUAAAAUCACUCCAGUACCAGCAUUCAUAUUUAAACUCAACCAGAGACUGUGUGGUGUGUGUGUGUGUGUGUGUGUGUGUGUGUGUGUGUGUGUGUGUGUGUGUGUGUGUGUGUGUGUGUGUGUUAGAUGCCGCCAUGCAAUGUUGAGGAAUGUAAUGUUAUCUGAAAGUAAAGGUCUGCUUUUUAGAAGCUGUCUGUUUAAACUGAAAACCUGGAAAAAGAGCCACACUGAACCCAGUCUGAUGUCUGAUUUGAGCCUAUAGUGCUGAGAGAUUGACAUGCUUUUCUUUAAGAUAAUACAUUCGUUAAUAUUCUUUUUCUAUAAACCCUUUUUAUAAAAUGUGUCCAGAACCUUUGUUUUUCUGCCUGUCGCCUGAAGCCUUUAAACAGACUGUCCGCUGCAGCUUCGCCAGGAAGCCUCUCUACGAAUGUUCAAAGACCUUUUUAUUAUUAUUUAUAAUACAGUGAACCUCUACAGUCGCGUUCACGGUGCUGGAGUGUUUGCAUAACUUAUUUUUACUACCUUUUUUGAAUGCUACAUGUAGGCCUUACCGGGUCUCCUUGAUGCAGAUCCAAACCAAAUGGUGGUCUUACGAUGAGCUGUGAAUGUCCGUGUUUUAUUUCUCUGCUGUGUUAUACGGGUUGGCUCUUAUUGCAUCCAACUCGGAGGAGCUUCUGCCUUACGGUU